AGCGCUGAGCGGCCAUCAGAGAAACACCAUGAAAGUGCAACUGACUUUGCUAACGAUAUGCAUUUACCUAUGCUGUGCUGCAGCAGAGGAUUCCCAUGCGGACCAUGAGAUCCGCAGCGAAGUAGAGAAGCUUAUCAAAGGUACUGAAGAGCUACACCAUGGGCUGCAAGAAGUGAAAGACGUGCAGAAGGGCAUUGAAGAGAAGUUCAAGCAUCAGCGCGACGAGAUCGAAGUCAUUGCAGGAUUGGAGGUUGCCAUUGCCAAGCUGGAAAGCAACGUUCUAAGCAGCUUCCAAGCUACGGCUACCGGAGUGGGAAAUUUGACAGCCAUUGCUAAGGCAAUCCAGAGUCAAAAUGAAAAGUCUAUUGAGGAUUUCACCAAAGUGGAUCUAGAGAUCAGGAGAGCCCUGGGUCAAGUGGAUGCCGAUCAAAACAAAUACGAGCGGAGCCUUAAUGAGGUGACCUCAUCCGUCAACUCGAAUCUGGCGGAGAUUCAGCAGCUACUAUCGCAGGCCAUCAUAGGGGAACUCAUCGACUUGGACAACAAGGCGAAGGUCCUUCAGGAGCAGCAAAGCAAUAUCGUGGGUCAAGUUGGAUAUCUGGGCGAGCUGAAGUCCCUGGCAGAUCGUGCCAAUCGCAAAGUCAAUCAAUUGGAGUGGGGUCUGGUCAUACUCAACCGCACCCAGUCCGAGAACCUAAACAGUAUCGAGCACUCUGUCCAUGGACUGCAGUUGGCCACCUCCCAGGUCGAUCAUAAACUUUGUGCCCUACUUAACAACCAAAAGAACAUUGAAAGAUCAUUGGAUGGCUGCAAGCACAUAAUUCCGUCACAACCGAAGCCUCACGAGAUCUGGACUCACCCGGAACAGGCACUAAUUAACCAGCAAGAAUCAGAGGGAAAUCAAGGAUACGCAAGCAGCUAUGCUUCCCAAGAAGACGCUGAAUACCUUUACAAACUCUGGUAUGGAAAAGGACAGUAG